AGAGACCCAGUUAAGAUAGUGCAGUAAAUGUAAAGUUCUGCUCUUUGGGCAUGCAAUUCUUGAUAUUUUUGCAUAGCUUGUUUGCUUUUGCCUAACCUUCGUUGUCCACUUGAUGAUGAGGCAAUGAUAUGGUGCACCCAACUUCAGUAUCCAGGCUAGACACCACCACCACCACAGAGAGAGAGAGAGAGAGAGAGAGAGAGAGAGAGAGAGAGAGCUUUAGCCGGUUCUGAUCACUGAGCUCAAUUGGGCUUUCUGCAAUUCGAGUGUGGGUUCGAGGAUUUGAGUUACCUUUGGGGGAAAAGAAAGUCGCAAGCUUGAUGCUUUCUUUUGGCGAUACAAGGGCUAUGAGCGGAGGAAAGAGCACAUGCACAGAAAAAGGGCCAAAGUUUUUCUUACCUCAUUAAUGAUUCUCUCACGGGUUUUGCUAGCCACAACAACAGUUGGUUUUUUGGGUACAGCUAGUUGUUUUGGAAUGAUUAUCUCCAACUUUAUCUUCUUCAAAAUAGGUGUGCUCUUGAUGACCUUUCGGGCUUCUGAGGGCAUGGACUCAGAAAUUUAGAACAGAACAAGAAAUUACACACCAGAAGGACAUCAAGAAAAGGCAAGAACCUGCUGCUUUGUUUUGCCGGUAUAGUGUAUUAGCUAGAGCAUGGUAUUUGUCAGGUUGUUUCUCAAGAAUCACAAAGCGUUGAAAUUUUGUCCGAGUCAGGCCGAGUAGUCUUUUGGGUCAUGUUCUCUAUCGGUUGAGCUCUAGCUAUUGAUGAGUUUGUCACCUUUAGUUGGAGUUCUUCUUAGGCUCUCAAGUCUCUUUGUUGAGUGGCCUAUGGUAAAGAUGCAUCCUAAUGGCAAGCUUGCCGGAUCUAAUGGCAAAUUGCAAGCGAGUUUCAAGUUGAAUAAAGCGAACGAGCCCAUUAAGGGUCCCAAUUGUAUGGAAAUAUGGAGGAGAAAGCUCAUAUUCUUUUGUGUUCUGCUUAUGGUCGCCUCUGGGGUUGUUUGGUUUUUCUCGGGUUUCAGUGAGAGUUCUUUGGUGGGGAAGGUGAAGUCCCCUGAACUGGGGGAAGAAAAAGCUCGAAUCUUACGAUUUGUACAGCAUUUCAAUGCCAGCAAGAACCAACUCCAUGCUUUAGCUUCUCUGCUCGGCGACUCUAAUCAGGUAGCAUCCGUCCAAUGUUCCAAAUUACAUAAAGAAACGGGCAAGGAAAUGACAUUAAUAAAUGGUUGUGCCUGCUCUCUAAAAGUUGUUUGCUCAGAACAUCUGGAUCUUCUGAAGCAGCAAGUAUUGAAUGGGGAAGAUGCUGAACUUGAGGACCAGUGCCCGGCUCACCCUGAGAAUCUCUCUUUGGAGGAUUGCCAAUCAAUGCUACAGGAAAAAUCAACUGCAACUGCUUCGCUCUCUGAAAUUUCAUUCCGAUCAGUCAAUAAUCCAAAUGUUCUGGAGGACAUGUCACAAGCAAAGGGGAAGGGAAAUCAUGCAGGAGAUAGUUGCAGGACUAGGUCCUUUGGUUUAGUAGAAGGAUGCUGGUGGGUUAUUGUUGUGAUGAUAGUGAUCUGCAAGAUGUAUGGUUUUUAUAUGAGAGUUCGGAGGGACCAAACACAAAAAAAAGUUAAGCCAAAACCAGUGAGUCAGCAGCGGGAGCUGCUGCUUCAGCAGAGGCAGCAACAGCAAAGCCAUAAUUCCUCAAAAAGUGCCGGAAGUUGGCGGAAAAAACUUUUGAUUGUAUUUGUCCUACUUGGAGUAAUGACGUCCGUUUGGUUGUUUUGGCAUUUGAAUGCUAAAAACACUUUGUGGAGAAAAGAGACCCUGGCCAACAUGUGUGAUGAGCGAGCCAGGAUGCUGCAAGAUCAGUUUAAUGUCAGCAUGAACCAUGUUCAUGCCUUGGCUAUUCUCGUAUCCACCUUUCACCAUGGAAAACAACCUUCAGCUAUAGAUCAGAAAACUUUUGGAGAAUACACAGAAAGAACAGCUUUUGAGAGACCACUUACUAGUGGUGUUGCGUAUGCUUUAAAAGUACCUCACUCAGAGAGGGAGCAAUUCGAGAAGCGACAUGGAUGGAUAAUAAAGAAAAUGGAAACUGCUGAUCAGACACUUGUACAGGACUAUAUGCUGGAUAGGUUGGACCCUUCACCUAUUCAAGAUGAGUACGCACCUGUUGUAUUUUCUCAAGAAACUGUCUCUCACAUAGUCUCCAUUGACAUGAUGUCUGGAAAGGAAGAUCAGGAGAAUAUACUGCGGGCUAGGGCAUCUGGGAAGGGAGUACUGACUUCUCCCUUCAAGCUUCUGAAGUCGAAUCACCUUGGCGUUGUUCUAACUUUUGCUGUAUAUGAUAGAGAACUUCCCGCUGAUGCUACAGCUGAGCAACGUAUUGAAGCAACAGUGGGGUAUUUGGGUGCAUCUUAUGACGUCCCCUCCCUAGUUGAGAAGCUUCUGCAACAGUUGGCUAGCAAGCAGACGAUCGUUGUAAAUGUCUACGACACAACCAAUGGAUCUGCACCAAUCAAUAUGUAUGGUGCUGACGUUAUUGACACUGGGCUGGUGCACGUUAGUAACGUUGAUUUUGGGGAUCCACUUAGGAGACACGAGAUGCACUGCAGGUUUAAGCAGAGACCUCCUUGGCCAUGGACUGCAAUAAAUGCAUCAUUGGGACUGCUGGUCAUCACGUUGCUCGUCGGCCAUAGCUUUCAUGCAGCUAUAAAUCGAAUUGCUAAGGUGGAGGAGGACUAUCGAGAGAUGAUGGAGCUGAAAAGUCGUGCUGAGGCUGCAGAUGUGGCAAAAUCUCAGUUUCUUGCGACUGUUUCCCACGAGAUUAGAACUCCUAUGAAUGGUGUUUUAGGCAUGCUGCAAAUGCUUAUGGAUACAAAUCUCGAUGUAAACCAACUGGAUUAUGCCCAAACUGCUCAUGCAUGUGGAAAAGAUUUGAUAUCAUUGAUCAAUGAGGUUCUUGAUCAGGCCAAGAUUGAAUCCGGACGUCUCGAGCUAGAGAAAGUGCCUUUUGAUCUUCGUUCUGUUCUGGAUAACGUGCUAUCACUUUUUUCGGGCAGAUCUAAUGAAAAAGGAAUUGAGUUGGCUGUCUAUGUCUCUGAUCGGGUGCCAGAAGUUGUUAUUGGUGACCCUGGUCGAUUCCGGCAGAUAAUUACAAAUCUUGUGGGGAACUCAAUCAAGUUUACCCAUGAAGGGCAUAUAUUUGUCUCAGUUCAUCUGGCAGAAGAAGGAUGCAUUCAGCAUGAUUUUAGAGAUGCAGAGAAGAGACUAAGUUCAAACUUUGUUGAAGAUACAUCAGACAAAAGUUUUAAUACAUUGAGUGGUUUUCAAGUGGUUGACAGAAGGAAAAGCUGGGAUCACUUUAAGAAGUUAAAUCACUCUGAUCAAAUUGAUGUGAAUGAAUCAGUUGAAAUACUGGUUACUGUUGAGGAUACAGGUGUUGGAAUUGCCAGAGAGGCACAGAGCCGCAUAUUCACACCUUUUGUGCAGGCUGAUAGCUCCACAUCACGUACAUAUGGCGGCACUGGAAUUGGCUUGAGUAUUAGCAAAUGUCUAGUGGAUCUUAUGCACGGGGAGAUCGGGUUUGUAAGUGAACCGGGCACCGGAAGCACAUUUUCCUUUACUGUCCCUUUUGCAAAAUGUGAAACAAACUGUCUUGAUAUGAAGUGGCAAAAUUACGAUGCAAUCAUAUCAGAGUUCAGAGGAUUGAGAGCCUUGGUGAUAGAUAAAAGAAGCAUCCGGGCUGAGGUUGCAAGAUAUCAUCUCGAGAGACUAAGAAUAUCAGUGGACAUCGCUUGUAGUUUGAUGUCAGCUUGCACUUAUCUAUCCAACUCUUCCAGCCCAAGGGAACAAUCAGAUUUUGACAUGGUUCUUAUCGACGAAGAUGUUUGGGACGGGCAAACAGGUUUGGAAUUCAAUAUUUCACUUUGGAAACACAGGCAAAAUGGCAGCAAUGGAGUGUCAAUAGGUCCCAAGAUCUUUCUUCUAGCUACAUCCAUAAGUCCAAUUGAGCGCAGCGAGCUCAAAUUAGCCAACCUGGUAGAUAAUGUGCUGGUAAAGCCUCUCAGAUUGAGUGUCUUGAUUUCCUUUUUCCAGGAAGCCCUUGGUAAUGGUAAGAAGAGGCUAUCUGAUAGGAGAAAAGUAUCAAGUCUUGGCAAUUUGCUGAAAGGAAGAAGAAUCUUGGUAGUGGACGACAACUUGGUAAACAGGAGAGUAGCAGAGGGUGCUUUAAAGAAAUAUGGUGCCAUUGUUACUUGUGUUGGGAGUGGUAAGGAUGCUUUAGCCAUGCUUCGGCCUCCCCAUGACUUCGCUGCUUGCUUCAUGGAUUUGCAAAUGCCAGAGAUGGAUGGGUUUGAGGCAACACGACAAAUUCGUCACCUUGAGAAGGAGGUUAAUAGUAAGAUUGCCUCUGGGGAAGCAUCUUCCGAUGCAGUUCAUAAUGUGUUACAUUGGCAUACUCCUAUAUUAGCCAUGACGGCUGAUGUAAGUCAGGCUACAAAUGAGGAAUGCCUCAAGUGUGGAAUGGAUGAUUACGUCUCAAAGCCUUUUGAAGAAGAGCAGCUUUAUUCAGCUGUAGCACGGUUCUUUGAGUCUGGCUGAGAGAGAAUGAUAUGAUGACAGCACAUCUACUGUCAAACGUUCCACGCCAGUGGCUGAUUACUUUUCACAAGUUCACCAGGGUUUGGGGCGGGGGCAUCAAAUGGUUGUCGUGAUGAGCCUCGUUCAUCAUACAGCUGUUGUCUUUCCUAGUGGCAUUCUUGGAAUUCCAGGAGCUCUGAGUUUGUUGCCUUAACCGAUGGACUUGAAUAUCUGAUCUUGAUUCUGGGGAGCAAUAUACUGGUGUCAUGACGCAUCCUGAUCUCUCAACAUUGAUUUGUUAUUGGAUUCAUUCUUUUCUUGGAAUAGAUUCAUUGAAAGGGCGCGGCUUGGGGAUUGUUCAGAGUCCCAGCUAGCCUGGUUGCAGAGUCAAACUCAGCUCGGCAGAUCCUACUACUAUACUGCAGUUAAAAGUGAGCUUCGAGGAAGAUGAAUGGUGAUUAUUUUUGGCCCUUGGAAGUUGGAGGUGCCUUUCUGAGAUGCAUCGUGGACCCCCCAAGUUUUUGAGAUUGAUUUCUCGGGCAUGUCAGCUUGUGUCUCAGAAGUAGAAGGGAGUAGAGUUCCUCGUUCGUUUCCUCUCGCCAGUGAACCUUCUCUCCGAUGCUCAAUAAGGGAUUUGUAUUCUUUUGGACACUGAAGAAGCAGGCUCGAAUUGAAAAUAAAUUUGUCAAGUGUUAUUUCUACCACGGUGGCAGGAUAUAGUUAGUUUUUGUUUCCUUAUGUAAGUGCUGAUCCCUGCUCCAGCAAAAGAUGCCUCAGCUGAAGAGGUCCAAUCUUUAGUAACAUUGCCAUAAAAUACAUUCUCACUCUCAAUCUUAUGUAUGGAAAUCAUAAUCUGGAGAUUACAGUGGUUCUAUUAUCCCCACAGACAAUGAUAUGUGACUUUGGGUAUAAAUGGACAUCCCAAAACAGUUCUUUUCCCCA